AUGUAAUCUUGCGAUGCUUGUUGUAACUAACCACUUUGCAUCCGAUCCAUCCAUGACUUGACGUGCUACCUCGCUGUCGCCGUCGCAGUCUCUCGAAAUGAUAGAGGGUAAGAUGUAUGUGUUCUCGGGGACUGAUCAAGUUUGCCAGCAAGGAAGCCUAGGAUUCGAGUCGUCAAUAAUAACAGCAAGGUAAUUGAUCAAGUGAGAUGAUGAGGAGUCGAGCUUGGAAUCUUUCGAAAUCUGGAUAGCAUUUGCUGUGGGCCAAGAAACAAGGAAAUGCUCCCCACCAAAGAGUGCAGGUUACAACCUCGAGAUGAAUUACUCGAGCCGAACGUCAUACAAAGCAGCCACUUAAAGAACACACACUUCUACAUUUCUCUUCCUUCUCAACUAAUUCACAUCGUCCACAGCAACAAAGCAAUAGUUAAGAUGCCUUCUGCCGUGAUAAAUACAACCAUUCAAUCGUGCAUCUUAUCUGGCGCAAGCAACAUUAUCGCACAAUUUAUUUCCGCGCACCAGAAUAAUGUAUGGGUCUCUACGCCUCCAUAUUGCUACAAAUACUCAUACUGACAGAAAUAUAGACUGCAUUCAGGAUAGAUUGGACGCCGGUAUUUCACUUCAUCUUGUACACCGCGGUGAGCGCGCCGCCAAAUUUCUAUUUGUGAGUUCUGUUCUGUGUGAUACUUGGUUAUCGCAAGGAAAACAAAACUAGAAUCUGCGACCAGACAAUCCCUAAUAUCUCGAAUGAAAUUAACAAUAUGCAAUCAGACAAUCGCUCCUCGAAAAUCUCCUGCCCUCCAAGAAACAACCUGCUACACAAAAUGUCUCCGAGAAAUCUCCAUCCUCCAGUUCCCCACAGCCAGUCCCAUCCCUCUCACUCACAAACACCAUCCUCAAAGUCAUACUCGACCAGACCCUCUUCGCAGUCUUGAACGUAAUGCUUUUUCUCAUAACCUUUUCGCUGCUCCGUGGAUCCUCUCUCUCACAAGCUAUACAAAGUUCUAAAGAAGAAUACUGGGAUAUGAUGAAGGCUGGCUGGAAAUUAUGGCCAUUUGUUAGUCUGAGCAAUUUUGCCGUCAUCAAGAGUGUACAGGGACGGGCUUUAUUGGGGAGUCUGGCAGGGAUUGGCUGGAAUGUGUAUCUAGGAUUGGUACAGGGUGGGAAGUGAGUGGUCAAUCUCGAUGAUGGAAAAUUGUGGAUAGAGAACCAAGAGGGCUCAGCGCAUUGGAUUCUCAAACGUAGGUAUAUACCUUCUUUCAACCCGAUAUAUCUGGGUCAACUAAUUUCCAAGGCCAUGAAGUAUUACCAUAUUAUACCUGUACACAUUUGUUCAGUAGCAAUUCUUCAUGACCGGUCCCAUGAAUUUCUCAACCUCGCAGCAGGUUUCAAUCUAUCUCCCCCAUUUUCCAUACAUUCAAUAGCGUUCUUAAACCUUUUACGAGCAUUCUGCGGCCAAUGUUGUGAGUUAGUAUGGUCGGGCAUCGUACACGGGCAACUCAUGUGCAUGGGAAAGACCCAAUGGAGCUUUCGGAUGCUCCAUCGCCGCGUUUCAGGCGAAGCCAUUGUUAUCUCGCCCAAGAAACUGUUUACGCGGUAUAUAUUAAAGCGAAAGAUUGGUACGGGACUGUUGCAGGAACAGAGCCUGACAUUGAGAACAACGCAUGAGACAGAUCUGGCUAGUAGGGUUGAAUCUGCAUUGAUUAUAUUAGGGUCAACGACAGUACAUGCUGAUAUACUGAUAU